UUUAUACAUCUUGCAUAACACUAUUUUUAGCUUACUUUCUGCAAGGCAGUUGUCCGCAAAUCUCGCAGAAAAAGAAAAAAAAUGAGAUCUAUGAAUCUUGUUGAUUCAUGGGCUCAAGCUUGUUUAGUUUUCAAUCAAACCUUACCUUAUAAAUCCUUCAAUAAUGGAUUCAUGAAAAUCCCUCUCAAAAAUCCCAAAAUCAAACCCCAAACAAGAUCCAUAAGCAUUUCAGCUAUAGCUACCAAAGAAGAUGAAAAAGUUGUUACCGAGCAGUUCAAUUUCAAACUCUACGUAGCAGAAAAGGCUAUUCUUGUAAACAAAGCAUUAGAUGAGGCUAUUAUAAUAAAAGACCCACCUGUUAUCCACGAAUCAAUGCGUUACUCCCUUCUCGCCGGCGGUAAACGUGUCCGGCCAAUGCUUUGCCUCGCCGCGGCAGAACUCGUCGGCGGCGACCAAAGCUCCGCCGUGCCGGCAGCUUGCGCCGUCGAGAUGAUACAUACGAUGUCGUUAAUUCAUGAUGAUUUGCCGUGUAUGGAUAAUGAUGAUCUACGGCGUGGAAAACCGACGAAUCAUAAAGUGUACGGUGAGGAUGUGGCGGUGCUUGCUGGAGAUUCGUUACUUGCGUUUGCGUUUGAGUAUAUUGCUACGGCGACGACGGGAGUUUCGCCGGCAAGGAUAGUUGCUGCCGUUGGUGAAUUGGCGAAAUCUAUUGGAAGUGAAGGGUUAGUAGCUGGACAAGUGGCGGAUAUAGCUUGUACAGGUAACCCUAAUGUAGGAUUAGACACGCUUGAAUUCAUCCACAUACACAAAACAGCAGCAUUACUAGAAGCUUCAGUAGUACUAGGAGCAAUCCUAGGUGGCGGUAACGAAGAUGACGUGGACAAGUUAAGGAGAUUUGCUAGAUGUAUUGGACUAUUAUUUCAAGUAGUUGAUGAUAUACUUGACGUUACAAAGUCAUCUGAAGAGCUAGGAAAAACUGCUGGAAAAGAUUUGGCAGUGGAUAAAACGACGUAUCCGAAACUUAUGGGAUUAGAAAAGGCUAAGGAAUUUGCGGCAGAGCUUAACAGGGAAGCUAAAGAACAGUUGGUUGAAUUUGAUCCACGUAAAGCUGCUCCUUUGAUUGCUUUGGCUGAUUAUAUUGCUUAUCGUGAAAAUUAGGAAAAAAAAAUUGUCUGUAAUAUUUCAUUUUUCAUCCUUUGAUUUGAAUCUUGAUUUAACAAGUGAAAAUGAAAGGUGAUUUAUUACUUAACCAA